GGUUACAUCCAGUACAAGGCUCAGCUGUGGAUGCAUUUGACACAGACUAACCGGAGAAGGUCUCUGUCAGCAUCAUGGGCCAGCAUCUAGGGAAGAGGGAGUCACCCGCAGACAGCAAGGCUCCGUCGCCUGAACCCGAAGCAGAGAUGACAACAGCAGCAGCAGCAGUAGUAGAAGCAGCAGCAGUAGUAGAAGCAGCACCUGUAGAAGCAGCAGCAGAAGCAGCAGCAGAACCUGAACCUGAAUCACAAGAUGAAGUCUUUGGCCUGGGUGAGGCAGAUGCGGACCAGAACAAUGGCUGCGUCUCGGAGAAGCCGGCGGUGACUGACUCCACGGGCGCUGAGGGCCCCCACCAGCCCUGGCCUGACGCCAGCACAGCUGACCCUGACUCCGCCACACCACGCCCCCACCUGGCCCGCCUCUUCUCCCGAGAUGCCCCGGGCCGAGAGGACAACACCUUCAAAGAGCGACCCUCUGAAUCGGACGAGCUACAGACCAUCCAGGAACACAGCGGAGCAGCUUCAGAGUGCGGUUCGGACAGCCCCGAACAGGACCUAGACUAGGAUAGCUUUUUUUGUUCCCUCCCUCCCUCUCUUUUUCUCUUUUCCCUCCUCUAUUUUUCGGUCUCUCAUUUAAGAGAGUGAUACGAACCCCACACUUUGACAAA